AUGUUGGCGUGCAACUCCUGCCUCAAGCGGGCUCUCAAGCCUGUUAUUUCUGCUGGCUCCUUUCCAGAGGCCCCGCGCAUGCUCCAACACGGCCUUCCGAUGCGCCGAUUCCAACGCCCAUACUCAAUAUCCAUGAAGAACACUAUGCAGGAGCUGAGGAAUAGCACUGCGGAAAGGCCGGCCGCUGCAAUAAACGAACGCCGAGCAUUACGCACCCGACAAAACGAGAACGCCGCAAGUCGUGAACCAGGGGAUGCUAUCCCCUCAGAGGAAGAAGAGACUGCGCCGGAGGCAGGCGUUGUCUCAAAAGAGCAUUUUAUUGAAGGACUAAAGGAUACUGUUGAAUCCGAGGAGUUUGCUGCGAAGCGGGCAAAGCAAAAGCUUGAGUGGGCUGUUGGCAAACAUCUAGAGCAUAUGCAGGAUCGCUGGAAAAUUGGCAAGCACGUCGAGGCGACGCUCCGAAAGGACCGCUUUGACGAGGCUCUUCUCCUCACGCAACGCGCCAGCAAGGACGAGCAAUGCGUCGUGGCCUGGAAUCAUCUCAUCGACUACGAGAUUAGGCAGAGGAAGCGCCUGAACGCCAGUAUCAAGCUUCUCAACGACAUGAAGAAACGCGGCCAGUUACCCAACGAACAGACCUAUACCAUAAUCUUCCGUGGCUGCGCGACUUUGGCCGAUCCAAAAGCCGCUGUUGAUAAGGCCGUACAUAUAUACAACUCACUCUUGAAGGACAAGCGCUUGAAGCCGAAUCUCAUCCACCUUAACGCUGUUCUCCAGGUGUGCGGCCGUGCCGGCGAUAUCGACGCCAUGUUCGCCAUCCUUGAGACGGCAGAUGUUAAACAAGGACGCCGAGCCGAUGCAUACACAUACACAACCAUUCUUAACAACUUGCGAUAUAAGGUUGCACCUAAGUUGGAUGCCGAAAACCCAAAGCGCGAGUCAGGACAGACGUCCCAGAAGCUGGAGAGGGCGCCUCGAGAGCUGGACGACGCAGCGCAGCAGACAAUCGAUCGGUGCAAGGCCAUUUGGGAAGAGGUGACACGAGAAUGGCGCAACGGCAAGCUCAAAAUCGACGAGAACCUGGUGUGUGCCAUGGGCCGCACACUGCUUCUGGGGAGUAGCAAGGAAAAGGCGGAGAUCUUUACCUUGGUGGAGGAGACCAUGAGUAUUCCCAAUUACACUCUGGACACCGAAGCUCGUUUAAGAACAAAAGCCAUUCCGGAAUCCCGUGGCAAAGAAUCCAAAGACAUAAACAAGGGCAUGCAGAACAUCAUCGCCACUCAAACGCCAAAACAAGUCCCCGGUCUGAAAAAUGUCACUUACGCCGUGCCGGGUCAAAACACGCUCUCGCUCCUCCUCCUAGCCGCUCGCGACAAGACGGCUGUCAGACGCGCGAAAGUCAGUGCUGACUACUGGAAAAUAUUUACCGACUUGUAUGGCCUCAAACCUGACUCUCAAAACUAUGGAGAGAUUCUCCUUAGUCACGAACGUAACGGAGCAAGCGCUGCAAGCGUCCGCAUCAUCCAGCAGAUGCCACCAGAGCUCAUCACGCCUACUAUCAUUCACCGUGGACUGCAGACAUGUCUUCGCGACAACAUGAACCACGCCGCAUUCGACAACGCCACCGCGAUUUUAGACUUGAUGACAUUGCGUGCGCAGGCGUUGAAAGAGGAGACGGGUCGAAGCCCGCAGAUCGACCUCCUCGCGCCGCUCCUCUAUCACCGUGUUGCCCUGGCUACGGAUCACAAAUUCCGACAGAUGGCCAAGGCCGGCGACGAGAAAGGCGCGAAACAAGGCUAUGCCAGCCAGCUGGCGGCCGCCGUGAACAAACUGUGGUACUCGUUCCUCAAAGCUAAGCAAGCGAUGAAGGGCAUGGAGAGAUCCAAGACUACUAGCAAACCCUCGACUGUGAAAUGGACGCAGCGCCGUGACGCUUUCGAGAGGGACCUUCUUGAUCUCGGCCGUAGCCUGAUCGCUACUGUUGAUAGGAUCGAAAAGGGCAACAUGCUUGAAGACGCAAAGGAGCUCGAGAAGCUUCAGCAGAGGCGGAACGUCAUCAAUCGCUUCGUAGUCGAGCUCACCGACCCCCAACAACGGCUCUCAUGA